AUGUCUGACGCCACUGGAGACGCCAAGGCGGUUUGGGAUGCCCACGUCGAUACCCGCAAAGGCAUGGAGCCCCCCAAACCCGAUGACCCGUCUGAGCUCAGUAACCUGCGCAACACGAUUGGUGCUCCGUUCAGCGCUGCUGCCUCGCUGAUCGGGGCCGUCAGAGCCCCAGUCCCCGACCAGACGGGCGAUGGCUCCAAGAUUGCCCCAGAGGAAAAGGCGUCCAUCAUCAAGGAAAUCGAAGGCGGCCUGCGGGACAUGACGUAUCUCAACAUUUCAAACAUCAAGUCUCUGGUCGAAAUCCAAAAGGACAAGAUGCUCGGCAGCUACACUGACGACAAGACGUAUCUGAUGGAAGGCCUGAUUCGAACCGCUGCCGCGCUGCCGGAUGGCUCACAGACACGAGAAAAAGUCACGGGUGCUUUUCUCGAACAGCUGUGGAAUGACCUGCAGCACCCCCCGCAAUCAUAUCUCGGUUCAAAGUACCAGUACCGGUCUGCCGAUGGGUCUUACAACAGCCUGACGGAGCCGCAGGUCGGAGCCGCCGGCACCCCGUACGCGAGGACAGUAAAGCCAUCGACUAUGCAGACGCCUGCUCGCCCGGACGCGGGCGUCGUCUUUGACAGUCUUAUGACGAGGAAGCAUGCAGAGCUGCAUCCAAACCGAAUCUCGAGUAUGCUGUUUUAUCUGGCGUCCAUCAUCAUCCAUGACUGUUUUCGCACGAGCCAUGAGGAUUACUCCAUCUCAAUGACUUCGUCUUAUCUCGAUCUCUCUCCAUUGUACGGCAGCAACCAGGCCGAGCAGGACAUAAUGAGGACCGGAAAGGAUGGAAAGAUCAAGCCUGACUGCUUUUCCGAGUCGAGGCUGCUGUUCUUCCCCCCUGGCGUGGGCGCGUUGCUCAUCAUGUUCAACCGUUUCCACAACUACACGGUCGAGAACCUAGCUGCUAUCAACGAACAGGGCCGCUUUACCAAGCCCUCGACUGAAGCGCCCAAGUCGACGGGCGACGUAGAAGUCGACAAGAAGAGCAAGGAAAAGUAUGAUGCUGCGUGGAAAAAGUACGACAACGACCUCUUCCAGACUGGCCGUCUCAUCACCUGCGGUCUAUACGUCAACAUUAUCUUGCUCGAUUAUGUCCGCACAAUCCUGGACCUCAAUCGCACCGACAGCAACUGGCAACUGAAUCCGCGCGCCGACAUUCCAAACCUGCCGAUGGGCGUCGGAAACCAGGUUUCGGCCGAGUUCAACCUCGUCUACCGAUGGCACUCUACAGUCUCUGACCGUGAUGAAAAGUGGACGCAGGAGAUGUGGGAUGGCCUGUUUGGCCCAGACCGCGACCCAAAGAGCGUUGGUAAGUACGAGUUCUUGGGGCGCCUGAACGACGUAUACAAGCAGACGGACCGUGAUCCGUCGAAGCGUAAAUUCGCCGGCCUCGAGCGCAAAGAGGAUGGCACGUUGCCUGACCAGGGUCUUGUCGACAUUUUGACGUCGAGCAUCGAAGACUGUGCCAACUCUUUUGGACCCAACAGAGUUCCAGCCGUGUUCCGCGCUAUUGAAGUCCUGGGUAUCGAGCAGGCACGCUCAUGGAACCUGGGCUCCCUCAACGAGUUCAGAAAGUACUUUAAGCUCGAACCGCACAACACGUUUGAAGACAUCACCUCGGACAAGUAUGCCCAGGAGCAGCUCAAGCACCUCUACGACCACCCCGACAAGGUGGAAAUCUACCCUGGUAUCGUGGUCGAAGACGCCAAGAAGCCCAUGGCGCCUGGAUCGGGUCUUUGCCCUCCAUACACGGUUUCUCGUGCCGUGCUGUCGGAUGCCGUGGCACUGGUCCGCGGUGACCGGUUCUACACGCACGACUACAACCCACGUACCUUGACCAACUGGGGUUACCGUCUCGCUGAUAGCGACACCGGCAUUGACAACGGAUGCGUAUUCUACAAGCUCUUCCUGCGCGCCUUCCCACAACACUUCAAGUACAACAGCGUCUAUGUGCACUACCCGCUCACGAUUCCGUCCGCCAUGCAGACGGCGCUCAAAGACCUCAAGAAGGACCAUCUCUACGACUUUUCCAAGCCGGUGGCUACACCCCAUCCCCAGUUUAUCAAGGAGUACAAGCUCGCGACGCAGAUUAUGGAGGAUCAGGCCACGUUCAAAGUGGUCUGGGGCCAGGCUAUGGAAUACAUCAUGGGUCCUGCAGCCGCCGACUUCAUGCUUGCCGGCGACGGGCCCAAGAACACUGCUUCUCGCAAGAUGGUCGGCAAGGCAUUGUACGUUUCCGACUGGGAAAAGGACGUGCGCCACUACUACACUCUGAAGACGCGCGAGCUGCUCAAGGAAAAGAGCGCAAAGAUUGCCGACUUCAACCAAGUCGACAUUGUCCGCGACGUGGGCAACCUCGCCCACGUGCACUUUUGCUCAGAGCUCUUCAUGCUGCCUCUGAAGACGGAUGAGCAGCCGCGCGGCGUCUUCACCGAGGCUGAGCUCUACCUCAUCAUGUCUUCGGUCUUUGCUCUCAUCUUCUUCGACGCUGAUCCCGCGUCUUCGUUCCCUCUGCAUGUCAAAGCCCGCAAGGCGACGCAGGUGCUCGGCAACCUUGUCGAAGCAAACGUCAAGGCCAUUGCAAAGAGCGGCAUCCUGUCCAACAUUAUGCAAGCCAUCUGGCCCAAGGAAAGCACCCUCAAGCACUAUGGAAUCCACAUGAUCAAGCGCCUCCUCGAAAGCGGCAUGGACCCCAAGCAGCUUGUCUGGGGACACAUUCUCGGCACAGCAGGCGGCAUGGUGGCGAACCAGGGCCAGCUCCUCUCGCAGAUUCUAGAGUACUACAUUCUCGGCGACGGCAAGCAGCACUGGGCCGACAUCCAGGCGCUCGCCCAGCAAGACAGCGAAGAAGCCUUCCAGAAACUCGUCCACUACACCAUGGAAGGUGGCCGUCUCAACGGCGAAACAGGCGUCAUCCGCCGCGUCGCGACCGACAUCUCGAUCCCUACCGCAGACUCGCCGCUCAAUCUCAAGAAAAACGACACCGUCUUUGUCAAUCUCCGCGCCGCCUCGCACGAUCCCACCGUCUUCCCCAACCCAGACUCAGUCGACCUCUCACGCCCCCUAGACUCAUACAUCCACCUCGGCCACGGCCCUCACGAGUGUCUCGGUCUCCCCAUGACACGCACCAGCCUCACGACUAUGGUCCGCGAAAUCGCCAGACUCAAGAAUCUCCGCCCUGCACUCGGGCCCCAGGGCAAGAUCCACAAGGUUGCCAAGAAGAUGGAGGCCAAGGGUGUUGAGGAGAAGUACUUGUAUCAUGCGUAUUUGACGGAGAAUCAGGACAUGUAUUUUCCGUUUCCGUGUGCGCUCAAGGUGUGCUGGGAUGAUUAG